GAAGCCUGAGGUCGUGUCGGAGGUCGCAGCUUGGUUUUUCCGAACCAUCUAUAUAUCCAUCGGAUUUCGCUACAGCAGCUCCAUAAAUUCGCGCUCAGUUCGUCUGCAGAAGUCAGCAGAAGCGGUUCACAGUCGUCCGUAAAACCAUUUUCAACCCGGAAAAGCAGUGUUUUGUGUCUGUGGUGCGUGAUUCUGAAUUGUGUAAUUGUUAUAUAGCAUAUGAAAUGAACGAGUAACAUACGAAAAAGUGCAAUCAAGAGAUAUAAACGGGUAUUUGUGAAAGUGAAGUGCGAAACCGAAAUGCACCAAAGCAAACGCUCCAGCGAAUUGUGCAAUCAAUACCAAUACCAAAACCUAAACCGAAACCGAAACCAAAACCAAAGUCAAGGAUCCAGCGGAGUCGCCCGUCGUCCGACGAUGGGCCGGAACAAAGGAGCCGCCGCCGGAGCGGGAGCAGUCAGCUGUGGCCUGUUGAUGCUCCUGCUGCUCCUCCAGCUGGUGGGUGAGCGCCUGGCGACGCCGUCGCCCUCCUCCAUGCAGGCGCCCCAGAAACGAGGUGGGAGUGGCAGCGGCGGAGGCGGUGGUGGCGGAGGAGGCGGCGGCGGCGGCGGUGGGAGUGGCAGCUCGUCGGACGUGUCGAGGGACCACUGCAACAAGACGGUGGACAUCUUCGAGGACAUCAGCUCGCCGGAGGUCAGCAGCCAGAACGUGGGUCGUCCGCUGACCUGCUGGUACCGCUUCCGCACCCUGAAGGGGGCGCCCCGCGACUUUGUGCUGCGCCUGCGGUUCAAGAAGUUCAAAGUGGGUCAGCUGCUCAACGCGACCCACUGCGAUGGUGGCUACUUGCAGAUUGUUGACGGCAAUGCCAAGACGGAUGUCUCGAAUCGCCGGGAGCCCGGAAUGUUCUGCGGGGAGGCGGAGCAGCCGCAGACAUUCAUCAGCGAGACCAGCUAUGUGAAGGUCCUCUUCCACACGGACAACUUUACGGAUCAGACCUACUUCACAUUCGAUUCACGCGCGGAGCAGCAAACGGAAGUCUAUCUGCGAUAUGGCCAACAUCCGGAAUUAUAUCCAAAUCGCCGCGGCGAAGUUGUCCAAGGGUCCUAUUGCGAACGGGAGUACCGGGAUUGUCGCCUGCAGACCUGCUAUGUUCAGUCGCCCGCGUAUCCUGGCCUGUAUCCCCGGGCCCUCAACUGUCGCUAUAAGCUGCACACCCGCCAGCCGUACAUUAAAUUGUAUCUGCAGAACGAACAGUUUGCAGUGGACGGUCAAAGAUGUGAGAACGUGAUGACCUGUCCCAUCAGACCCAUUGGAUCUGGCAAUGAGCACUGUCCCUUCGACUGGCUGGCCGUCUACGAUGGGCGGGACGAGCACUCCCCGUUGAUAGGAAAGUUCUGCGGCCUGGGCAAGUUUCCGUUCAGCAUCAUUGGCACCUCGCAGUACAUGUAUGUGGAGUUUGUGACGUCGCCGGCGGGUCCGCUGCUCAACACGGGCUUCCAUUUCAACGUUGGCAACUGGCCAGGCCAUGUGGAGACCGCCGGGAUCAAGCACGGGGUCUGCGACUGGCUCCUCAGCUCCGACUCCCUCAAGGACAGCAGCGCCAGCGAGGGCAUCUUCCUCAGCAUCGCCCACUGGUAUCCGCCGAACACCUCCUGCAGCUACCACAUCAAAGGACAUGUCGGCGAGAUUGUGCGCCUCUACUUCCCCAGUUUUCGCAUCAAUCGCAUCGAAUCACCAAUUCUGAAGUACGAAGGUGACUGCGGUGAAUCCUUGACCAUCUACGAUUCGGAUCAUGCCGAUCCUGCGAGGAUCAUCAAGACCUUCUGCGACACCUUCUCCCGGCCAAUGGAGAAGGUGGACUUCGUGAGCACCAGUCCCUCGCUGUACGUUCAAUUCGACUCGAAGACAGGCAGCUAUAGCGGCAGCUCACUGUACUACUGGGCGCACUACGAUUUCUUCAACAACACCCGCUUUGGGGAUCCUGUGCCGAACACCCUUUGCGAUGAGGUGAUGUACGCCUGGAAACAUCCAGGUGGUCGUCUUAGAUCCCCUCUGAAUUCACUGAUUUUCAAGCGAACCGGGGGCAGUGAUGUCCGCUGUCAAUACAAGUUUGUCACGGAUCGAAGGUUAUAUGCCAGGGCCAUUAUCGAAGUGAAUGCGGUGUCCUUCAAGGAACUUCCCUAUAACAGCAAUGCUUGCACUCGCUGUCACGAGGAGCGUGUGGAUAAGCUGGUGAUUUGGGAGGAACGGGAUAAGUACCAGAAUAACCUGGCCUGCUUCUGCGAUAAUAUUCCCAGGGCGGUAAGAGUUAUAUCUUCGGCGGAUCAGAUGAACCUGGAGAUGAUUGUGCAGGGCCAACAUGCCAUUACGUCCUAUUUCAAGAAUCCGAACCCCCUGUUCGAGGCAACCUAUGAGUUUGCCCACGGUCCCUUGUGUGGACCCAUUACCCUGGGACCCUCACCAGAUGGUGAGCUUGUGUUCCCGUAUAAGAAAGCCCUGGCCAUGGUCUCGGGCCCCAUGGCACCGCCGGAGCAUCAUUAUCGCCGGGAGAAGUGCAUCUGGGAACUGAAAGUGGCCGCCCAGCGGGAUUUGUGGCUUAACUUGGAGAAGGCUCGCUUUGCGGAUCGCAGCUGCGAAAGUGCCAAGAUCGAAGUUUAUUUGGCGGGACGUCUGGAACCGCGCUUUGUGGUUUGCCCGGAAAACAUAUCCCUGGCCAGGGAUUUGCCCAUACUGACCACAGCGGAAUUGGGGGCCACGGGUGCCGAUCAGGAACCCCUGCCCGUGCUUAUCCAAUAUACGGGAGAUGGUCAGCCGGGACGCAACAUCUUCCGGCUGGUUUGGACGGAACUCUUCCACCUGCCCCGCAAUCCCGAUGGCAGUUUGGCCGCCUCACUCCUCCAGGAUGGCGGAUGUGAUUUCCGAUGUCCUGGCGACACUGAAGUCUGCAUUCCGAAGCAUUUGAUCUGCAAUGGAAUAGCCAACUGUCCAAAUGUGACGCACACUUCGACGUUGUCGCAACUCACCCGACAUAUCGAGUGGAAUCUGGAGCAACUGGGACUACUCCAUCACGCUGGCGAGUACCAGCAGUUGGUCCUUCACGAUGAAUCACCCGAGAUCUGCCUGAGACGCGAUCUCAGCGAACUGCCAUAUGGAAAGUUGGCUCUAAUAACCCUGGGACUGUGUCUCAUGUUCGCCCUGCUCUUUGCAAUUUUAAGACGAAUGUGCAGGAGUUCGGCCAAGCAGCAAGGAAGACACCAUCUGGAAGAGGAAUAUUAAGAAAUGAUUUAAGAGUGGUUUGUUUUAAACAUUUUAUACUUAAAGAACGAGAAUUUUAACCCUUUUAUAUAUUAUUUACCCAAUAUUGUUAGCUAUGUCUAAAAUUUCCCUUAUUACUUUGGACGUUUACUACAAGUUUAAGUAAAUAAAACUGGAAACUUUAUAAUUCAUUUUGGUUAAUUAGUAAUUUUAAGAAACCAACCAAAUGUUGUAUUAGUUUUUAAACAUUUAAAAACUAUCUUUGGGAUUCCUGCAAGGGACUUUAAUUUUUCCAACUGAAUUACAAAUUGAAUAGGAACCCCUCAUAACUAUGUAAGUAGCUCUGCCCAGUCGAGUCUAUAACUUUCGCUCUACGUGACAUCUAAUGAAUAUUAAUUGAAAAUAAUUGUACGAUAAAAACUAUAAAGCCCUCAAACAUAUAAAUGUUUAAAAAACACACUCACACAAAAGAAAGAACUUAAACUGCCCUGAAUAAAUUAAUUAAAACAUGAAAAAUUGUCACGUGAUAAUUGUUGAAAUAAAAAACGGAAUACUUUAAAAGGCAUAAAGAAACUAGAUUUUAAUUAAGGUAGACAGGUAAAAUGACAAAACCAAAAUGAAGCCAAAACGAAAACAAGCGUUUAAUUCAAAGUCAUAAGAAUAAUUAAAAUAAACAAUUGUUGGUGGUUUUUAUUAGUUAUUAUAUCGGUAAACUACAAUACGAAUACAUUGUACUAUUGUUGGCAAAUUGUCAAGCAAAACCAGGCGUAUAUACAUACAUAUAUACAUGCAUAUGUAUAUAAUGUACGAUAUACAAUAUAUAGGGUAUAUUUUUUGCACAUAGAUUUACCUAGUCCAUAAUUGAAUAAAGAACUUCCCCCGUGAAUUCCACAAAUUGUGGCAGGAAUUUUAGAAAGGAGAUACCAGAAUCGAUAACCCCCAAAGAAAUUGUAAAUUGAAACCUAACAAGGGUUCUAGAAUUUAAGUCUAUAAAGUAAUGGAUUCGGAAGAAUUAUGGGUUACAAGAAAAGAUCCCUGUUCCACUUACUCCCCCGCAAAAAUUGUUGACAGUAAACUCCUCACUGAAACUGAAAAACUUCUUAAAAAUAGAUUCUGCACCUCAAAGGUACAGUUGACCCCCACAAUAAGUAUGUAAAAACCCCAAAGAAAGAUUUAAACAGGAAGGCCCCAGAAAAGAAUGGAAGUUAAUACCAACAAAGAAAUGAAAAAAAAGGAAAUUAGGACACAUAUUUUAGUGUACGUCAGAAUUAAAUGUAUAAAUAAAAGU